GUAGACUAUCACGCCACCGUCGUCUUCACACCUGAUUGGUCAUCGGCCAAGCAUGAGUCCGAGUGUCCGUGUUUAACUAGUGUAGUCUCCGUGUACGGUACGUGUCGCGCCGUGUCGGUGUCGGUGUCACUUCGUCCAGGAUUAGAGCCCAAGACUCGAGCGUGGAGCUACCCCUGAGUCUUAUUGCGGGGGACGGUAGACCCGGCUCUAGGACGUUGCUCAGUAACGUAGUGGCGGGGGUGGCAAGUCUUGCCGCCUCCAGAGACGCCGCCUCCGCCGUCGACGCCUUCUGGAAGAUGCCGCACAAGGAGGAGCAUUGCAGUGCGGCGGCGGCCAUCUCCCAGAGCUCGCUGUUCGGCUGCUCCACGGCCGGCCACUCCGGCAUCAACCAGCUGGGAGGAGUGUACGUCAACGGCCGGCCUCUGCCGGACUCUACCCGCCAGAAGAUAGUGGAGCUCGCCCACAGCGGCGCUCGGCCCUGCGACAUCUCUAGGAUACUGCAGGUCUCCAACGGCUGCGUCUCCAAGAUACUCGGCAGGUACUACGAGACAGGUUCCAUCAAGCCCCGUGCCAUCGGCGGAUCCAAGCCCCGGGUAGCCACCAAUGGCGUCGUCUCCAAGAUCGCCGAGUACAAGAGGGAAUGUCCGUCCAUCUUCGCCUGGGAAAUCAGAGACCGUCUGCUCAGCGAAGGAGUCUGUACCAAUGACAACAUUCCUUCCGUUUCCUCCAUCAACCGAGUGUUACGGAACCUCGCCGCCCAGAAGGAGCAGCAAGUGUCAUCCCAGAACGAGAGUGUGUACGACAAGCUGAGGAUGUUCAACGGUCAGACCCCUGGCUGGGCGUGGUACCCUGGUACAUCACCCACAGCCGCCCACCUGGGUCUGCCGCCCAACCCAGCAGCCGCCCUAGCGCCUCAGGUCACCCGCGACGACAUCCCCAAGAGAGGAGAUAUGAUCCACGAAAACACUUCUGACGGCAACUCAGAACACAACUCAUCAGCUGAUGAAGACUCCCAGUUGAGGCUACGGCUGAAGCGGAAACUGCAGCGGAAUCGCACUUCCUUUACCAACGAACAAAUAGACAGCCUGGAGAAAGAGUUUGAGAGGACACAUUACCCAGACGUGUUCGCCAGAGAAAGGCUCGCCGAGAAGAUCGGAUUGCCAGAGGCUAGAAUACAGGUGUGGUUCAGCAACAGACGAGCCAAGUGGCGACGAGAGGAGAAGCUACGUAACCAGAGGAGAGGUGGCGACCCUGUGACGACCAGUGCUGGUAGUCCCCCGGCCCCUGGUACACCACGGCUACCAGUCAACUCCGGAGCGCCCUUCAACUCCAUGUACUCCUCCAUCCCUCAGCCCAUCGCCACCAUGGCCGACACUUACAAUGGCAUGUCCAGCAACUUGUCCAGUAGUUGUCUUCAGCAGGCCAGAGAGCACCACAGUGGCUACCCUUACAUGUUCCACGACCCUCUACACUCCCUCACAUCCAGCUACAACCACUCCAGGGUGGGCAACCCCGCGGUCGCUCACCAGGGGACGGUUGGCACCACUCAUCCUGGCACGUACCAUAGCUCUGCUGGCGCGUCCCCGCCUGUCAGCAGCACCGGCUCUCACACAGGGGUAAUAUCGGCUGGAGUGUCAGUCCCAGUACAGAUCCCCAGCCAGGCCAGUGUUACUGACCACAUUUCCUCCAACUACUGGCCGAGACUUCAGUGAUCUCAGCUGUUCGGGUUCCCAGGGACCCGACUGAUGCUGGAUCACGGCUCUCCUCCGUCGUCGCUGACACCCACACCUGCCAACCUUCAACCAUGAACUUUGAGUUUCAACUGGUGAACUGUUUGAAAAUAGCUCACUUCAGUUUGUUUUAUUUCUGAUUGGUGAAUAUAGUGUUUAUAUUUUUACAAAAUAAUUCUUCAUUGAAUUGAAUAUAGUAUG